GUUAGUGUCUAUUUUUGUGAUAUAAUAUCUCUCAAGAUUCUGUAGCAGCGAGAAGCAGAGUAGCGGAUAUGAAGAAGCAAGCAUCAAGCACUUUCCUGAUGUGGGUUAUGGUGAUAUCGCUUCACGCACAUCUCAUCAUUGCAGCUGUGUCUAAGUCUAAUGGCACAAUUUCCGUGUGCGAUGGCUCCGUAGAGGACUGCCUCAACGUCGUCCACUUGGACUCAGAGCUUCUUCCCACCAUCUCCAGCUCCCACUUCCGCAGAAUCCUUGCUGGAAAAUAUGAUGGAGUUACCAACGAUGCACUAAUUCCUGAUAAACCCUUCAAGGGAUGUAAAAUCGGAGAAGCUUAUCGUAGCUGUCUGGCCCAAGUUGAAGGUAGAGCGAGAAACUGUGCCAUCUACAAGAGGGGUUGCUAAUGAAUAUCUAAGGUUGUGAUCGCGCCGAGCUAUUUGCGUGUUUUAAUGCUUUUAAUUUGUUUCCUCUCUCUCUCCACUUUGUUGCUGUGCUGUGUCUCGAUUAUUGGGCAUGUUUCCUUAUUGCAAGAAUAAUUUCAUUUACUGAACUGGACAAAUUUCGGGGAAGAGAUUGUGAACAUUUAUAUGUAUGCUUUUCUGCUUUCUAUUUAUUGAAGCCUGAAAUGUAACUAUGUAUCCUCUCUUAAUAAUAAUGGAUUGUUGGAUUCUAACUUCUA